GCGGGCGCGUUCGCGCGGCGUGGGUGGAGCUACAGGCCGCUUGGGGAGAGGUAGGGAGACGGCGCUGCCGCCAUUUUGUGAGGUGUUUGUCGCAGCGGCUGGAGAGAGAAGACGGCGGUUUGGCGACAUUUCUGGGCCCGAAGGCCUUUUGCUUUUGCGGAGAUGCGGCAUUCCAAACGAACUCACUGCCCUGAUUGGGAUAGCAGAGAAAGCUGGGGACAUGAAAGCUACAGUGGAAGUCACAAACGGAAGAGGAGAUCUCACAGUAGCACGCAAGAGAACAGACAUUGUAAACCACAUCAUCAUUUUAAAGAAUCUGAUUGAUGUUCCAUUGGGACUGUUUGCCAGAUUGCUUUCUAAAUUAGCCAGCUGGGGUUACUUUAAAAAACAUCAUUAUUUAGAAGCAAGGUCCUUGAACGAGAGAGAUUAUCGGGACCGGAGAUACAUUGAUGAAUACAGAAAUGACUACUGUGAAGGAUAUGUCACUAGACAUUAUCACAGAGACAUUGAAAACAGUUAUCGAAUCCACUGCAGUAAAUCUUCAGUCCGAAGCAGAAGAAGCAGUCCUAAAAGGAAGCGUAAUAGACAUUGUUCAAGUCAUCAGUCACAUUCGAAGAGCCACCGAAGGAAAAGAUCGAGGAGUAUAGAGGAUGAUGAGGAGGGUCACCUGAUCUGUCAAAGUGGAGACGUUCUAAGAGCAAGAUAUGAAAUCGUGGAUACUUUGGGUGAAGGGGCCUUUGGCAAAGUUGUAGAAUGCAUUGAUCAUGGCAUGGAUGGCAUACAUGUAGCAGUGAAAAUUGUAAAAAAUGUAGGGCGAUACCGUGAAGCAGCUCGUUCAGAAAUCCAAGUAUUGGAGCACUUGAAUAGUACUGACCCCAAUAGUGUCUUUCGAUGUGUCCAGAUGCUUGAAUGGUUUGAUCAUCAUGGCCAUGUUUGUAUUGUGUUUGAACUGCUGGGACUUAGUACCUAUGAUUUCAUUAAAGAAAAUAGCUUUCUGCCAUUUCAGAUUGACCACAUCAGGCAGAUGGCAUAUCAGAUCUGCCAGUCAAUAAAUUUUUUGCAUCAUAAUAAAUUAACCCAUACAGAUCUGAAGCCUGAAAAUAUUUUAUUUGUGAAGUCUGACUAUGUAGUCAAAUAUAAUUCUAAAAUGAAACGUGAUGAACGAACGCUGAAAAACACAGACAUCAAAGUUGUUGACUUUGGAAGUGCAACAUACGAUGAUGAACAUCAUAGCACUUUAGUGUCUACACGGCAUUAUAGAGCUCCAGAGGUCAUUUUGGCUUUAGGUUGGUCUCAACCAUGUGAUGUGUGGAGCAUAGGUUGUAUUCUUAUCGAAUAUUACCUUGGUUUCACAGUCUUUCAGACCCAUGAUAGUAAAGAGCACCUGGCAAUGAUGGAACGAAUAUUAGGACCCAUACCAACACACAUGAUUCAGAAAACAAGAAAACGCAAGUAUUUUCACCAUAACCAGCUAGAUUGGGAUGAACAUAGUUCUGCUGGUAGAUAUGUUAGAAGGCGCUGCAAACCAUUAAAGGAAUUUAUGCUUUGUCAUGAUGAAGAACAUGAGAAACUAUUUGACCUGGUACGAAGAAUGUUAGAAUAUGAUCCAGUGAAAAGAAUUACUUUGGAUGAAGCAUUGCAGCAUCCUUUCUUUGAUUUAUUAAAACAGAAAUGAAAUGGAAAUCAGUGGUCUAUAUAUAUAUAUAUAUAUACACACACACACACACACACACACACUUCUAUAAAGAGAUUUUACUUAAGACUGCGUCAGUCAACUCUAAACAUUCUAAUAUUUUUGUAAACAUUAAAUUAUUUUGUACAGUUAAGUGUACAUAUUGUAUGUUUUGUAUCUAUCAUAAUUAUCUUGUUGAGCAAGUAUGUUCCUGAUAAUGAAAUAUAAAAGUUAAAAGUUGUUAAUUUUCCUUUUUGAGAUUAAUUACCAUUUUUAAAGACCUUUGGAAUAUUCUGUGUGUCCAGUGAUAAAUGUAAUUGAUCUUGUCUUUUGUACAUGGAGGUCAACUCUUUGAAGUAAUUUGAGUAAAAGGAAAUCUUGACUACUUUAUUCUUAAGUGAAUAUUCUUUAUAUGCCCUCAAGUUCAAAAUUUUUUAACUUUAAAAAAAUUUUUUAAUCAUUGUUGAGCAGGUAGUAUUAUUAACUGUAGGUAGGCAGAUAUUAGUAACUAAAACACAUAGGAAAUGUUUAUUGUUGGAAUUUCAUUAAAUCAAGUGUUGUAUACUCAUUGGGUUGAUGUAAACGGCAACAAGUAUUCAUCAAAAGACAUCUAGUUUGUCUGUUGUGAUAGCUGUUUAAUCAAACCACGUAUACACUUCAUUUAAGAAUAAAAUCUAAUUGGAAAGUCAUAUUUUCCAAGAGCUACUUUAUGUGGUAGGUCACAUAGAAAGAGGAAUUUGUUGUUUCUUGGAGACACUUAGCUUUUUAGUUUUUGAUGUCAAAUCUGGAGUCCUGAAAUUGUCUAAUGCUAUUUCCUUAGCAAAUGAAGGAAAUACUUAAACCUCAGCCUAUGAGAAUUAAAUUACUAAAACAGUUUAUAUUUGUGUUAAUCUUUCCCGAAGAGUGAUUUGAUUAGGAUAUACUUUGUGGGGAAAAAACCUGCAGAAAUUUCCAAACAUUGAUUGGUUGGCUGGACAUUUUUCUUUGCCUGUAUUUUUUUCUUACUGUUACCUGUUUUCACAUUAAAAACUACAUGGUAAAUGUUAUUUUAUUUACGUAAGAAACAAAAACUCUUGAUAGCUGCCAGGUAGAGAUAUUUUUUGUCAUAGAAUUCAUAAUUGUUUAUUCAAGUGCAGAUACUUUUGUUUAAAAAGUAUCCCCAGUUUUAAAAUGAAUUUCACAAAUGAUUUGAGUUUUAUCUGUGUAUUGUAAACAAAAUGUAUGGGACUUUUUUGUAUGACAUGAUGAAACCAGGGUUGAUUUCCUACAUUAUUCACUGGCGGCAUUUGCCAGUGAAUACUGUAUUUGAAAAGUUGACUAGGAAUUUAAGAAAGCUGAACUUUUACCAUAGAAUCACUGCAUAAAAUAUGCUUAGACCUUUAAGCAUCCACAUGUAGUGAAUUUACUUUCAGAAUAGAUGAACUAUAUUAAUGUAAUGAGGAUUUUUUGGAAAGCAUUUGAUGUAAAGAAAAGGUUGUCAAUAGAUUUAGCAAUGUUGCUAUCAGAUUAAAAUGUCUGGCAUCCUUUAUUUUCUCCUCCAUUUCCAUUCUACAGGUUACUACUGUAUUACCUAAACUUCCCAUCCUUUCCCUACAAGUCUAUCAAGUUCCCAAAUUGAUUAUUUUUUCCCCUAGAGGAGAAAUUCAUUACCUGAGUAGCUGCUCUCAGGAUAUAGGAAGAAAGGCAAAUACCCACAUUUCUAAGCAGUUAAUGAUUGCUCACAUCCUUUUCCUUUCUAAAAAGUAUUUACAUUCUUCACAAAGGUAUUUGCUAAUUACUAGACCUAAUUCAUGGAAUUUUAGGAAUUAAAAAGAAACUUCAAUAAUAAGGCAGGAAAUGUUUAGUGGGUUUUAGUGACCUUCCUCCUUUGCACACUGCCUUUUUCCUUGUACUUCUGAACUUAACUUUAUGAAAGUGCCAGGUUUUUACUUGACAAUGCCAGGAGCUUCAGCACUGAGUGAGAAAGUUAUAAAUAUUGGUAAUUUGUAAUUGGGUAUUUUUCUUAAUAAUUUGAUGCCUUAUAAUAUUUUCUGGAAAUUCCUUUACAAAGUUGGUUUUUAUGAGGCAUUUUUAAACAUGAUCUUAGGUUAUUUCUAGUACUUUCUUGCUCCUACUUAUUAGCUAUUCUCAUUCUUCAUGCAUUCAUCAAAGUUUUCAGAGUACAUAAAAUUGAAUCCUGCAAUCUUAUUACUUGGGUGAUAGUUGUCAACUACCCUAUGAAGUUUUAUACAGGCAUGUAUGGCCUAGUGAGGUUUUGAUCAAAGGCAGAUCGCAUAUACAAUGGUUUUCCCAAUAGACUAUACCAUUGUAGGUUUGUGUAAUUGCUGCUGACAUUCACACAAGGAGAAAUUGCCUAACGUGUUUCUCAGAACAUGUUCCAUCAUCAGGUGAUGCAUGAUCAGUUUUUAAAAAUUGAAAACUUCCUCUGAGUAAUCUUGGAAGGAUUAGAUGGUAGAGAAAUUGGAAAUGACUUGUCCACUUCUCCCAAUAAUUGUGACUUAACUGUUACUUAAGUUUCCUAGAUUCUAGCAUUGUGCUUUCCUGUAAUAAUGUACCUCUUUGAGUCAAAAACCACUUUGCUGUGAAGUGGGAUGAAGUGGAAAGUAAUGGCUAAUAGUGUUAUUACAUGAAUUCUAUUUAUUCACACUUCACUACUCUUAAUUGAACUGUAGUUGCAAUCAUUAAAUGGUAUGGUCGUUCAGAACAUUAAGUAGGCAGACAGGUACUAAUACUUAAAAUGACAUUCUGGAAUAAAGUGUCAGGUGACUUGAGUUUCUAAUUCUUCAGAUUGGGAUUUCUGAUUCCCUCAAAAUUUGAUGGAAGUUAAAUAUUUUAAAUUUAUCCAGUGCUAAUUAGCAAGCUACAUUUUCAAAUUUCAUUGUGAAUCAGUAAUUGUUCGAUUAUUAGGUUAUGUGUUUGCAAAUAGAAAUUCCUUUGCAUUUUAAAAUAAGGAAGAAUUCCUUUUUAUUGAAGUAACAUUGCAUUAUAUGUCUCAAAUGUUCAUUGAUGAGACUCAAUGUGUAUGUACUACAUUACUUUUAACUGCCAGAAGUUCAAUUCUAUCCAUCAUACCAUUGCCCUCUUUGUCCCAAUUUACCCACCCUUCUUUCCUCUUACUUUCUGGUAAUCACUAAUAGAACUAGUCCAAAAGUUUAUUUUUGUUUUAUUUAUUUCAUCUGUUUGUUUUAUCUAGAUACCACACUAGAGUGAAGUCAUUCCAUACUUAGAACACCUUCUAGAGAAAUUCGUGUUAAAUGUAUAUACAAGUUCUCUUUACAACAUUGUUUUCAAUAAAAAAUCAACAUAAAGGGUCAUUGAUAAGAAAAAGGAUAAAAUAUUGUGUAUUUUAAAUAGUGAAAUAGAACAUAACAGAAAAUGAAAUAAAGCUACACUGGAAAAAUUCAAUUUUAAAAAGUUAUACUGAGUGAAUAAAAACAAACUGCUAGACAGUCUUUAAUAUGUUACCAUUUUUAUAAACCUUCAAGGCAAAAAAAAGUUAAAAGUAUAUAUUACUUUCAAAAACAGGAGUAAAUGCACUAUUCAGGGUGAUGGUUAUCUUCAUGGGAUGUAGGCUUAAGCAGAUGCAGAUAAUAAAAUGAGGGCGGUCCAUGGAGUGAAGAUGAAACCUUUUUUUCUCUUAAUAUUUAUAAAUAUAAUUUACAUCAUUGUUCAUUUUUGUGCAAUUUUAUGAUUUCUCCUCUCAGGUGUAAUCCCCAUAAAAUUCCCACCACCAUCACCAUAGUUUCUUGUGCUCUUCCCUUCCCUGUUUUGAUCCUUCUGCUUCCCCCUCCCUUGCAGAAUGUCUCUGAUUUAUAGUUAUAGUUACCUGCUAAUUCUUUUUUUUUUUUUUCCUGAUCCCUUAUAUGGUUCCUCUACAUUCCUCCUACAUUCCAUUCAUUAUUUUUCUUUUUCCUUCGGGCUUAUUUCACUGAGCAUAAUCCCUUCCAGCUCCAUCCAUGUUGCUGCAAAUGGCAUGAGUUUAUCUUUUUGAUUGCUAAAUAGUAUUCUAUCGUGUAUAUAUACCACAUCUUGAUCCAGUCAUCUAUAUUUGGGCAUUUGGGUUCCGGAUCUUACCUAUUGUAAAUAAUGCAAAAACCUGUAAAACCAGGUUUUUAUGUUUUUUUGGGUAGAGUCCGAGGAGUAGAAUUGUCCAGCUAAAUUCUUAAGGUAAAGUUUUAUUUGGUUGGUUGCUUUUGUUUUUUGUCUUUUUUAAGGUAGAAGGAAUGUAAAGUUCAAAAGUCCUGUUUUACACUUCAAUCAGUUCAGUCUUUUGAGAUAUAUAUGUAAAAGAAGAAAUCUUUGGAAGCUGGCUAAUUCUGUAUGAAUGAUCUGUUCUAAAAAGUACAAUGAAAAGUAAAAUAGAACAAUGAAACUCUAAAUACAUUAAUCCAGUUUCAAAAAUUAAUAUUUUGCAAGUUUUAUU